AUGACCCACUUGUUACUUGCUUUAGAAAGCUGUUCUAACUUGGCUGCUUUGUCUGGAAGCUAUUGCGCUGAUUAAAAUGUAAUAAUGAGUAUUUAACAAAAUUUCAUGGGUUUUUAUUCCUUUUAAAUUAGAUUAGAAUAUUUAAUAUUAAAAACUCAAUUAAUAAUUAAAACCUUUGCUAAAUUAUAUGCUUAAUUUUUAUAAUUAGUUUUAGCCAUCUUUAAAAAGAUUAUCUGA